GAGGUUGCGCCGCCCCGCCCCUUCGUACUUCCGUGUGCAGCGGCUCGGGAGGGAGGCGCUGCCCCGGGGUCCCCUGAGCGACCACCGCACCCGCCGCGCCGACGCCGGGGUGAUACUUCCCCAGCCGCCGGGCCGUCCCGGUCGGGGCCCCCCGACUCCCGCCCGCGCGCACGCCCCGGAGCCGGUCAGGAGCCGGACCCCAGCCGCCGCGACCCCAGGCGCCUGGCCCCGCGCCCGGAGGUCUACUGGGAACUGGCCCAGGUGAGGGCAGCAGGCCUACUUCUCCUGGUGGUUGUUGUGUGGUGGCGGUGGUGGCAGGAGCCAGGACUAAGGGCAAGGGGGAGCCGGGAGCCCCAGGUCCCAGCAUGGCACCGUUCCUGCGCAUCGCCUUCAACACCUAUGAGCUGGGCUCCCUGCCGGCCGCGGACGAGGCAAGCCAGCCCUUCUGUGCUGUGAAGAUGAAGGAGGCACUCAGCACAGAGCGCGGGAAGACGCUGGUGCAGAAGAAGCCCACCAUGUACCCCGAGUGGAAGUCCACGUUCGACGCCCACAUCUACGAGGGCCGCGUCAUCCAGAUCGUGCUGAUGCGGGCAGCUGAGGAUCCCAUUUCCGAGGUGACAGUGGGCGUGUCCGUGCUGGCCGAGCGCUGCAAGAAGAACAAUGGCAAGGCCGAGUUCUGGCUGGACCUGCAACCCCAGGCCAAGGUGUUGAUGUCUGUGCAGUAUUUCCUGGAAGACGGAGAUUGCAAGCAGUCUCUGCGGGGUGAAGACGAAUCCACAUUCCCAACAAUGAACCGCCGUGGAGCCAUUAAACAGGCCAAGAUCCACUACAUCAAGAACCACGAGUUCAUCGCCACCUUCUUCGGGCAGCCUACCUUCUGUUCUGUGUGCAAAGAAUUUGUUUGGGGUCUCAACAAGCAAGGCUACAAAUGUAGGCAAUGCAACGCCGCCAUCCACAAGAAAUGCAUCGACAAGAUCAUCGGCCGGUGCACCGGCACCGCGACCAAUAGCCGGGACACUAUAUUCCAGAAAGAACGGUUCAACAUCGACAUGCCGCACCGGUUCAAGGUUUACAACUACAUGAGCCCCACCUUCUGUGACCACUGUGGCAGCCUGCUGUGGGGGCUGGUGAAGCAGGGGUUAAAGUGUGAAGACUGUGGCAUGAACGUGCACCAUAAGUGCCAGAAGAAGGUUGCCAACCUCUGUGGCAUCAACCAGAAGCUCUUGGCUGAAGCGUUGAACCAAGUCAGCCAGAAAACCCCUCGGAAGCCAGAGACAGAGUCUGCAGAGCCUUUUGGGAUCUACCAGAAUUUUGAGAAAAAACUAGAGCUCAUGGGAAAUUUUUCCCUAGCAGACUCUGGGACUUACGGCAAGAUCUGGGAGGGCAGCUCCAAGUGCAAAAUCGAGCACUUCACCUUCCACAAGGUCCUGGGCAAAGGCAGCUUCGGGAAGGUGCUGCUUGCGGAGCUGAAGGGCAAAAAGGAGUUCUUUGCCAUCAAGGCCCUCAAGAAGGACGUGGUUCUGAUCGACGAUGACGUGGAGUGCACCAUGGUGGAGAAGCGGGUGCUGGCGCUCGCCUGGGAGAACCCCUUCCUCACCCACCUCUACUGCACCUUCCAGACCAAGGAGCACCUGUUCUUCGUGAUGGAGUUCCUCAAUGGGGGGGACCUGAUGUACCACAUCCAGGACAAAGGCCGCUUUGAGCUGUACCGGGCCAUGUUUUAUGCUGCUGAGAUAAUCUGUGGACUCCAGUUUCUACACAGCAAGGGGAUCAUUUAUAGGGACCUCAAGCUGGACAACGUGAUGCUGGACCAGAACGGCCACAUCAAGAUCGCCGACUUCGGGAUGUGCAAAGAGAACAUAUUCGCGGAUAAGAAGGCCAGCACCUUCUGCGGUACCCCUGACUACAUCGCCCCCGAGGUGAGCUGGCACCCGCCCAGCCUCCAGCCCAGACACCUCAUCUCAACAGGGGGAGCCAGGAGGGCCCCUGAGAUGAUGAUGUCUGCACCAGCCAGGAGGGUGAGGAGGCCUGGCCCGACUCCUGCUCCCACCCCUCAGCUCCCGCACCUUCUCCUGCCCCAGAUCCUGCAGGGCCUGAAGUACUCCUUCUCCGUGGACUGGUGGUCCUUCGGAGUCCUGCUCUACGAGAUGCUCAUUGGCCAGUCCCCCUUCCACGGUGACGAUGAGGAUGAGCUUUUCGAGUCCAUCCGUGUGGACACGCCGCAUUAUCCCCGCUGGAUCACCAAGGAGUCCAAGGAUAUCCUGGAGAAGCUGCUUGAAAGAGACCCAGCCAAGAGGCUGGGAGUGACUGGGAACAUCAAAACCCACCCCUUCUUCAAGACCAUCAACUGGACCCUGUUGGAGAAGCGUCAGGUGGAGCCGCCCUUCAAGCCCAAAGUGAAGUCCCCUGGAGACUACAGCAACUUCGAUCAGGACUUCCUGAAUGAGAAGCCGCGCCUCUCCUACAGUGACAAGAACCUCAUCGACUCCAUGGACCAAACAGCAUUCUCUGGCUUCUCCUUCAUCAAUCCCAAAUUCGAGAGGCUCUUGGAAAACUGAGGUUCCCAAACACGCCACCCCAACACCCAUCCCAGCCAAGGAGCCUGGGUCCAUCAGCACUGCCUGCCCACCCAGCCCGGGCAGAGCAGGCUUGGCCCCCCUGCAUCAACACCUGUCCUCCCCCCCACCCCGCCCCACCCCAAGCAGCAGUGUGACUGUGGUGAGUUCAGCUGCUGCCUGCCCCCUCACCCCCAGGAGGGCCUUGGCUCCUGUCUGGCUGGGCUCUUAACGGUACUUCUUCUGUGAACUGAGUGUGAAUUUGCUUUUCCUCUGCCCUCAGAGGGAAACUGUAAAUCCUGUGUUUCAUUACUUGAAUGUAGUUAUCUAUUGAAAAAAUGUAUUAUAUAUAUGCAUAUAUAUAUAUACGCACGCACACAUAUAUAUAGCAAGCUGUAUAUAUUGCUCAGUAGAGAGAAAAAACUUGGGGUAAUGUGUUGACCUUUUAAAAUAUAUAUAUAUGACAAGAAAAAAAAGAGCACAAGCUGUUUGAACCACCAGGCUCUUUUAUUUGUGUGUCUAAAUAAACACCAAGUGGUACCAA